AGGGCAGUAUAAAUUAACUUUGGAACGAGUGUAGCUCUAGAAACAUUCCUCCUCUUCUCCUCUCGCUCGCGAUCGAUCGAUUUUCUAGGGUUUAAGAGGAGGCCAUGGCGCCUUUAGCGACAUUGUAUGGCAGGGACGUCACGUUUGCGGCGCCAUACCGUCCGUCGCCUUCGGCGCCCUCUCAAGCCCUAAUUUCUUGGCAGGAAAGGGUGGAAGCUCCGGCGGCAUCGCAUUUCUUCGCGGGCCUCCAGCAAUCCACUCGAUUGAGCGCCAGAUUCACCGCCAGCGAUCGCAGGAUGCCGCGGGAAAGGGAUGUUACGCCCAGGGUCGCGGAGAUCGACAGAGUUCUCGAGGUAAAUGGGGCGUUUCUCGGCGCCAGCGCCAAGCCGGCGGCGGCGGAACUGAUUGAGCCGGACGGCGGCGCGCUGGUGGAUCUGCUGGUGCCGGAUUCCAAGGCGGCGGAGAAGGAAUCCGAGGCCAGGGGUUUGGUCCAGGUGAAGAUCGGCCAGAUCGAUCUGGAGUGGAUCCAUGUCGUGAGCGAGGGAUGGGCGAGCCCGCUCAAGGGGUUCAUGCGCCAGGCCGAGUACUUGCAGGCGCUGCAUUUCAAUUCGCUGCGCAUGCCCAAUGGACUCCUCGCGAAUAUGUCGAUUCCCAUCGUCCUGGCCAUUGACGACGAGCAAAAGGAGAGCAUUGGGAACGCCAGUAGCGUAACGCUCGUUGGUCCCCAAGGCGACAUGGUGGCUAUCCUCUCCAACAUCGAGAUUUACAAACAUAACAAGGAGGAGCGAAUCGCGAGGACUUGGGGAACCACUGCUCCUGGCUUGCCUUACGUCGACGAGUCCAUCACCAAUGCGGGUAACUGGUUGAUUGGAGGGGACUUGGAGGUUCUCAAGCGCGUCAAAUACAACGAUGGCUUGGAUCACUACAGGCUCUCGCCGAUGGAGUUGCGUGCCGAGUUUGCGAGAAGGAAGGCCGACGCGGUGUUUGCAUUCCAGCUGAGGAAUCCGGUGCACAACGGCCAUGCGCUCUUGAUGACGGACACGCGACGGAGGCUGCUGGAGAUGGGGUAUAAGAAUCCAAUUCUACUGCUCCAUCCUCUUGGUGGCUUCACAAAGGCCGACGAUGUUCCUCUCGAGUGGCGUAUGAGGCAGCACGACGAGGUUCUCAAAGCAGGUGUGUUGGAUCCAGAGACAACGGUGGUGGCAAUCUUCCCCUCGCCAAUGCAUUACGCCGGGCCAACGGAAGUCCAAUGGCACGCCAAAGCUCGAAUCAACGCGGGUGCCAACUUCUACAUCGUUGGCCGUGAUCCGGCAGGAAUGGGACACCCCAUUGAAAAACGUGAUCUGUAUGACGCGGACCACGGGAAGCUGGUUCUCAGCAUGGCUCCUGGAUUGGAGCGCUUGAACAUCCUUCCUUUCAGGGUGGCGGCGUAUGACAAAACGAAGAGCAAAAUGGCGUUCUUUGAUCCUUCGAGACCUCAGGAUUUCGUCUUCAUCUCUGGCACCAAGAUGAGAAACUUUGCCAAGAGCGGCGAAAGUCCACCAGACGGGUUCAUGUGCCCCGGGGGCUGGAAAGUCCUCGUUGAAUACUACCAAAGCAAAGCCAAGGAGGCAACCGCGACAUCGCCAUAAACACUCCUGGUGAACCGAGGGGGGAGGGAGAGAGGCUGCCGCAAUGAUCUAUCACUUAUAGCUAGGAUGGAUCCAACCGAAGUUGGAGCUCCGUCCAGAGCAAGCAAGCAUCCUAGUGUACAGAAGAGCAACAGAGCAUUUCAAUUCGUAUUGAAAUGGAUGCUUUUUCCAUCCAAGUCCGUAAGUCCGAGAUGAGUGAGUCCGAGAAGGUCCGAGAGAGGUGAUACAAUGGUUAACAGGAAUGGUUUUCUCCUUUUCUAGCUUACAAUCCGAAUGGUUUUCUUC